AACACUCCUGCGACGGAUUGAACGAAUUUGCGGAAUUGAUCUAUCUGGAAGAAAAGAUAAAGAAGAGAAUGACCCGUUUUCGCCCAUGUAUUGAUUUGCAUGCGGGCCAGGUCAAGCAGAUCGUUGGCGGUACGUUGACCUCCACACCGGGGGAAUUGAAGACGAACUACAUAUCCUCCCACCCGGCCGGAUAUUUCGCGAAGCUCUACAAGGAACAUGGCUUGGCGGGCGGACAUGUUGUGAUGCUUGGAGGAGGCAAUGAAGAGGCCGCAAGGGAAGCGCUGGCCGCCUGGCCUGGGGGGUUGCAAGUCGCCGGCGGCAUUAAUGACAAGAAUGCACAAUAUUGGAUAGAAGCUGGCGCCGAGAAGGUGGUUAUUACAUCCUACCUGUUUCCCGAGGGGCGGUUCUCUCUUGAUCGAUUACAGACGAUACUCUCCGCACUUGGGAAUGACAAGUCUAAGUUGGUACUAGACUUGAGUUGUCGGAAGAAGGGAGACUCUUGGUUCGUUGCCAUGAAUAAGUGGCAGAAGAUAACGGAAAUGGAGAUCACGCAAGAGACCAUCGCAAUGCUCGAACCAUACUGCUCCGAAUUCCUCAUUCAUGCUGCGGAUGUGGAGGGCCUGCAGCAAGGAAUUGACGAGGCGCUGGUGUCAAAAUUGGCCGAAUGGUGCACCAUCCCAGUAACUUAUGCCGGUGGCGGAAGGAAUCUGGGAGACCUCGACCGUGUCAAGUCAAGUAGUGGAGGUAAAGUGGACUUGACGAUUGGGAGCGCUCUAGAUAUAUUUGGCGGCUCUGGGGUUACUUUUUCGGAAUGCGUGGAGUGGAACAAGGCGAAUGGAAGCUAGAAAAUUUCGUACCGCCCUUAACGAGAAACGACCAAAAUUCUAGAAUUUGAAAACGUAUUCACCGUAUAUUAGGGGCGCAUGUAAUUCAAUAGCGAUUGGAGAUUCCAUACGCAGUAUGUCACCAUUGCGAGCACGUUCAUCAUUGAUGGUCACAAUCGGGGAGCUUUUAGCUAGGCUUAGCUGCAAGACAAUGAUCUCAUCUUGUCAAGAAGAGCUAUACUCAAGGAAAUAACUGAUGGGUCCGAGUGAGAUCCUGUAGGCUACUGGGGCAAAAGAGCUCAGUCACCACCAGCGCACUGCUGGUAGAAGGGCCGAUCAACCCGGGACCCCCAACAGAUCCAGAGCUACUUAAGUAAGUCUAGGCCCCCAUGCGCGAUCCUUGUAACAGGAGAUUUAUAUUGUAGAAAGCAAGGAGGAUAGUUUAUAUAUAUACAGAAUAUCAGUUAACCUCCUUUCUACACUUAAUUUACGCAAUUG